AUGGCUACUCCCCUCCGUGUUGCUCUAUGGUUUAGACGCACUUAUUUCAUAGUAAUACUUAUAGAAAUUCACAACCUACUGGUUGGAGUUUAAAAAAACCUUUUCGUGUUGGAUGGCCCAUUAACGAGGAAGGUUAUGGGCUAUUUUUUUCCUUAACAUAACGCGUGUGAACCGUGGGGCACAACUAUAUAUAAAGUUGAUAACAUAAAUGAAAGCAGAAAAUUUAUAAGAUUAGGUUUAACGAUGUAAUACCUUUGCCUUUGCCAUAAAGAAAAAAAAUCGUAUCAUAUAAAUGUCAAAAUAUACAAAAUGGAGAAUUGAUUGAAAGAGAUUAAAAAGUAUGUUUAGUACCUACACGUGAAAUAAAGCAAAACAUUUUUUAAGUUAAAUAAUAUGGCCACCUUAAUAGAUAAAAUAGAAAUGUUAAUCAAGAGAGAAAAGACAACACCAGAAAGGAAGAAAGAUGAUACUAAGAAAUCUUCAAGUGAAAUACUUUCGGAACUUUUUAGUGCCUUUAAUGCUGACCCGCCGAAAAUUGAUGAAAUUCCUCAUAAAAAAUCAAAAAAGAGCAAAAAGAAACAUAAAAAAGAAAAGAAAAAACGUAGUCGUAGUGUAAGCUCUAGUAGUGAUUCUGAUAAAAGUGAAUAUGCUCAUAGACGUAAGAAACGAAAAAAAGCAAAGUCAAAAAAACGAAAGAAAGAACGAUCUCCCUCACAUUGUCGUUCUGGAACCCCAGAAAUUAUUAUACCUAAAGCAGAAUUAUUGAAAACUAAGACUAAGAUCAAAAGUGAAGCCAAUAAUUUUAAGCAGGAAUCAAAGAUACAGGAGGAGGUUAAAGUUAAAAAAGAACCUGUACCAAAGGUCUCUGUUAAGGUAGAAAUCAAUAGUGAUGUGAAUUCUUUAAAUAAUAUAGAUGCAAGCAUGAUACCAAUGCCAGAAUCUCCUAAAGAGGUAAAACUCGAUUCUAAUGAUUUAAGACUAAAGAUAGACAAAAAGCAAGACUCCACAUCUGAAAGUGAUAAAGCUAAAGGCAAAAUCCAAAUUAAAAAUUUGAAAUUUAGUGCAGUGUUUGAAGAAACCGUUAAAAAGGCAGAAGAGGAAGCUAGAAAGAAAGCUGAAAAAGGUGAGGAAGGUGAAUGCACAGAUACAUCAAGUAGUUCAGAUAAAGAUGAAGAAUCAAAUUCACACUUCCCCAAAAGCUCCGACCCUGGAGGCAUACUGAAACAACAAGCUGCCGAGGAAAUCAAAGUCCCCGAAGAAGAGAAACCACCUAGUAAGCAAAAGCAGACUGAAACUACACACAAAUCUACACGAAGAGAUAGGAGUAGGUCAAAAAAAAGGUCAACGAGUAAAUCAAGGCGUUCAAGAUCACACUCCACAUCACGACGACGCCGACAUCGAUCGCGCUCAAAAUCAAAACGUAGAAGCCGUUCUCGACAUAGGUCUAGGUCAAAAAGGAGAUCUAAAUCUAGGUCACGUCACAGGCAUCACUCACCUAGACAUAGGGGUAGAAGAUCUAGAUCACCAAGUGGUGUAAAAUUAGCUGAUAGUGAGAAAAAACGUCUUCUCGAAGUUGCUAGGCGAAAUGCAAUUAAUAUGCUUAAGAAUGGUGCAGUACCGGCUGGAGCAGCUGUGCUACCGCCUCAUACCAGAAACCAAGUCAUGGCUGCCAUACAAUCUGGAGGUAAAUCAGUGGAUGAAUUAACGGACUUUUGCAAGCAUUUGUCAAAGAAGGAAGCACUCGGUGAACUAUCAUCGGUUUCUUCUAAUGAUGAUGACAUGAGUGAGAAUGAAGACACAAUAGCUUUCCACCAUCCUUUCUUAGUUAAGGAGAAAGCUCCCAUUGUUCUGAAUAUAAGGGGUGGGGCACCCUUACCAAUAAAAUCCAGUGCGCUGCCAAUAGCCAAUAAAGAGGAACUUCGACUUCAGUUCCCCGUGUCUUCUGGAACGCAACAUAGAGAGAAGGCAUCAGAAUGGGUGCCAGUGUCUCCGAAAAAAGAUAACAUGCAAAUAGCUAAACUGAAUGCUCAACCAACAUCUAAUUCAAACUCGCCUACAAGAUCAUUAAGUUCUGAACCUCUUGCUCUGCCAGCGCCGCCAGUGAAUAUACCUUCUUAUAUGAAAACUUUCACGACAGGGAGCCAGCUCUCAUCGGUACCGGCGUUACCUGCUCCUGGUCCACAAGCUUACCCACCAAAUACUGAUUCUUCGAGUAUUGAUGUCGCAUCGCUUGUUUCCCAGAAAUUACUGAUGAUUCGUAAAGAACAAGAACAAAAUGAGCUCACAACUACAACAGGUUUUGGCUGGUCGAAGGAGAGCCGCCCGGGCCAGUUCACGGGCUCCACGGGGGCCACCAUCCUCACCCCCAGGGAGCUGGCCAGCGGGACCCAGGCCUGGGCCAAGAAGGAUCAGCUAGUUCGCGCUGCGCCUGUAGAGGGCGGUAUGGGGAUGCAACUACUGCAGAAGAUGGGUUGGACCCCCGGACAAGGAUUAGGAAAAGAAGGGACGGGUACGUUACAGCCUCUGCUCUUAGAGGUUAAGUUGGACACGAGGGGUCUAACCUCUAAAGAGGAGGUCAGUGGCAGACACGGAAAAAGUAUGAAACCACAGCGAAUGGGUCGUAGGGGUUCCGCUCCUUUAGUAGCCGGCGGGAAACAUCCCGUGUCGUUACUAGGAGAAUAUUGCUCAAAGCAGAAACUUGGACCCCCUGAAUAUGACUUGUGUUUCGAGUGUGGACCUGAUCAUAAGAAAAAUUUCCUUUUUAAGGUAAAAGUUGCAGGUGUAGAGUAUCAGCCAGCCGUGGCUAGUGCUAACAAAAAGCAAGCUAAAGCUGACGCAGCACAACUUGCUCUACAGAAGUUAGGAAUUGUAACAUAAUUAGUUCAUAUUUUAUAUUAAUAUUGUAAUAAAUUUUUCAUAAAAA